UCUUGGUUUCUACUUUGUUUAAGUGCUUAUUAAUGUGUAGUUUGCUUUGUGUGCCCUCACAGGCAGUUGAUGUCAUAAUGGUACAAACUCGAAGAAAAGAGUCUAGUGGGUCUGCACCAGAUAAUGUCCCACGACAUCGAACUAGGAGUGGAAAUGAAUGUAAAGUAAUAGAUACAUCUACUGGGAGUGAUACUGAAACCGACGAAUCUCAGGAAGAGGAAGAAGAAAAUAAUUCGUGGACGACAAAAAGUAAACGUUUAUUACACUAUAAUGCCAAGUCUGAACCACCACUGCCAAGAAGACCGGUACGGCAACUUAGGAAUAAAUUUAAAGAGCAAAGAUUCUCCUCACGAGUGUUAAGGAGCAAGGAAGUUCGAGCUAGAAUUACUUUAGACAAUAGACACAUAGGUAGAAGGUAA